AUGAAUAUUUAUCGAUCUUCCCACUUAUUUCUCUUUAUUUUAAUCACAUUAAAUUCCAUUCAUUGUGAUGAACAUGAUCAUAGAUAUGAAGAUGGUAAUGAAGUUGUCUUAUGGAUGAAUACAGUUGGUCCAUAUCAUAAUCGACAAGAAACGUAUAAUUAUUUUUCAUUACCAUUUUGUCGUGGAAUAAAAAAAGAAAUCUCACAUUACCAUGAAACUUUAGGUGAAAAUAUUUUAGGUGUUGAAUUAGAAUAUAGUGGAAUCGAAAUUAAUUUUAGAAACGAUAAACCAAAAACAGAUUUUUGUGAAAUAACUGUAACACCAGAAUUCUAUGAUACAUUUACAUAUGCAAUUAAAAAUCAUUAUUGGUAUCAAAUGUUUAUUGAUGAUUUACCAAUAUGGGGUAUUGUUGGAGAAAUGGAUGAAGCAGGAAAAUCCGCAUAUAUAUGGACACAUAAAAAAUUUGAAAUUGGAUAUAAUGAUGAUAGAAUAAUUGAUGUUAAUUUAACAUCAGAAGCUAAAGUACGUUUACAACCAAAUGUACAAUUACAAUUUUCAUAUGAAGUUACAUGGAAACCAACAAAGGUUCCAUUUUCAAAACGAUUUGAUAAAUAUCUUGAUGCUGGCUUUUUUCAACAUAAAAUUCAUUGGUUUUCAAUAUUUAAUUCAUUUAUGAUGGUUCUAUUUCUCGUUGGCCUUGUUAGUAUGAUUUUAUUACGUACAUUAAGAAAAGAUUAUGCACGUUAUGGAAAAGAUGAUGAUUUAGAUGACAUGUUUGAUCACAUAUUCAAUAAUAUUGCACCAGAUGAUGAUGAAACUGAUGAUAAUAAUCUUGAUUAUGGAAUUAAAUGGAAUCAGUUUAGGUCAAAUCUCACGUGGUCCUCUAUGAAUGCAACAGUUAAAUCUUUAGCUCAUCCCGCAUAUGGUGAAAAAGUAUCAUUCAGCGAUUCGGCUCCAGGAGAAUUUGAUCUUCUUUUGGAUGUAAAAGCUGAACUUGCUAAAUUUGAUCCAUUGAAUAUUUAUUUUGAUAAUGUUGGUGGUGAUCAACUUGAAGCGGCGAUAGCUGCUGCUGCUGAUCAUGCUCGUUUUGUUGAAUGUGGUAUGAUUUCACAAUUUCAUAAAUCAAAUGAUGUUGGCAUUCGUAAUCUUAUUUUGGUUGUGCGUAAACGACUUAAACUUCAAGGUUUUAUCAUUUUUGAUCAAACAAAAGAUGAAAAUUUUAAUCGAGAAUUUUACUCGAAAGUACCAAAAUGGAUUGCUAAUGGUGAAUUGAAAGUCAAAGAAGACGUAACGAAAGGUUUAGAACAAGCUCCUGAAGCUAUUGUCGGAAUUUUUAAAGGAAAGAAUUUUGGCAAAGCCGUUGUUCGAAUAGCCGAUGAUUAA